CUCUCGCGAGACUCUUAGUGUUGCGGAACAGCUGACUGCGCGGUGGGUGGUGCCAACGACUGCUAUCUUUCUCGAAAGCUAUACGCCUAAUAGUGAACACAGUUGGGAGACUUUCUGAAUUUGAGUACUGUUUGUCUGCUGCUAAUAACUCACACCACAACAUGGCUGAGACGGACCCCAAGUCGGUGCAGGACCUCACCAAUGUGGUCCAGACACUGCUGCAACAGAUGCAGGACAAGUUCCAGACCAUGUCCGACCAGAUCAUCGGGAGGAUUGAUGAGAUGAGCACACGCAUUGACGACUUGGAGAAGAACAUCGCCGACCUAAUGACCCAGGCUGGUGUUGAGGAGAUUGAGGCGGCACCGGAAAAGGCUAAAGAGGGUCAGGGGUCAUAAUGAAGGUCCCCAAGUACGGGAAGUCGGUCUGACAUUCAGGAGCAGCAGACUUUUCGAUCCUGAAAUUGACCAUUUGAUUUGAUGUAUCGUCGUGUGAAAUGCUUUUUUAUAUAUUGAAUAUUGUGAUAAACGGUUAGUUAUGUAACUUGACUUGAGAAGUUGAAUGUCAUUUGUAAGUUAGAAUAGUGUGAUAUGCCUUUCAGAAACAUGUGCAGGAAUGCAACUUAAGGAAUUUUAUGCAGCGACCCAGAAGUUAUUUCUCCAUCAUAGAGCGUAAUUAAUAAAAUGAUGGCUGAUGGGGACAGCUUUGCCCUGGCCGGUGCUGAGAAGUGCAGGCUCAGGCCAGUGGAACCUCCACCCCUACCAACAUGGGAAGUGGGCACAGUGCACAUCUGAAGCCUUUGGGGAUUUACAAACAGCACUGUUAGACCAAGCUGUGGGAUGCAUUCCAAUUUCAACAGAUGUUCUUCUAUUAAAGCUAUUUAAUACAAUGCUUUGUCAUGUAUUACAUAAUACAUAUUUGUCCAGGUCCAGAGUGAAUUUAAAAAAUAUAUAAAUAACUACCAGGUGCUCAUUGUUUUUCUGUAUAUAUUUUUUUUUAAGCCAGAGUUGCAUUUGAUCUUGCAAACUAUCUGAAAUGUCUGUUGCAUUUUUUGGGGGGUCUAUAUUGUUUAUAAUGUAUUGAAAUUGAGUUCAUUGUUAGACUAGGCUGGGAAAUUGGGAAUUUACUUUAACUGUUAAUAUUAGAGGUUAUUGCAACAAUAUCUGCUCAAAAGUGUCACUUAACUGCAUAGCAGGAACCUUUAUUCAAAUUAGUGCAAACCAAACAAAUGAACAACAAAAUAAAGCGUCAAGCAGAACUGAACAGCAGUAAGCAAAACGUACACAAUUAGUAGUGAAUAUAUUCUGAAUGCAAUAUUAAAGUUAUGUAUGUCUUAUGAA